GGGCUUGAGGGUUUGAGAAGGGGCAUUCCAGAGCUCUCCCUGGUUGGGGAGCUCCAGUUUGGAGGGUGUUCCUGUCUCAACUCCUCAGGGCCCUGUUUGCACACCUGAGUUCAGCAGGUUGUCAGAUGCGUUCUCCGCAGAAGGCAGCACGCAGAUGGAGAAGUUGGGGCACAGAAUAAGGCCUUGGACCUCUCUCGCUCUGGGAUUCUCAAAAUCAGUUUCUCUGGAGUUGGGUGCACCUCCGUUCUCAGUCCUCUCAGGAGGCCUCAGGGUGAGUGCCAGAGGAGGAGCUGCUGGGACUGAGUCAUGGCAGGAAGCUGAGGAGGGCGGGAGCUCUCUCUCGCAGCCUAUAAAGAGGAGAAGGAACCGGCCCUGAAGUUCACAAUAGCAGCAACAGCAACUGGACAGGCAGGCUCCCAUCUGCCCGGCCCUUCAAUCCGAUCUGCCUGAGAGGACCUACUGGGUGGCCGCCCACUUGUACCUGCCCCAGGAUGGGGACCAUGUCCAGAGCAGCCUUGGUCUUGGCCUGUUUGACUGUUGCUUCUGUGGCCUCUGAUGGAGGUUUCAAGGCUUCAGGGCAGAGAGAGCUGGGGCCACAGCCCCUGACCCACCCCCUUCAAGAAGUGGGCUAUGCUGCACCCCCUUCCCCACCUCUGAGCAGAGCCCUCCCCCAGGGUCACCCUCACACCUCCCAGCAUAGCCUGCACUUUGAGGGACAGAGUGAAGUGCAGCCCUUUCCCUCACAGGACGCCAUCCCCCUCCAAGAGGAGCUGCCCCCUCCCCAGCUCCCCCUGGAAAAGAAAGGGGGUCCCCCUCUCCCUCAAGAAGCCAUCCCCCUCCAAGAGGAGCUGCCCGCUCCCCAGGUUCCUAUUGAACAGAAGGAAGUCAGUCAUUCUGAAGGUAAGAGCCACAAAUUCAUUUCUUGUCUUUUUCUUCUGUAUCCUCCCAGCCUUUCACUGUCCCUCCACAUAGUCCCCCUUCCCACUGUUUUCCCUGUUCUAGAAAAGCCAGCUCCCUCCAUGGACCACGGCCCCCCAGAGCCCGAGUCCUGGAAUCCAGCCCAGCACUGCCAACAGGGCCGACCCCGAGGCGGCUGGGGCCACCGACUGGAUGGCUUCCCCCCUGGGCGGCCUUCUCUGGACAAUCUGGACCAGAUCUGCCUUCCUAGUCGUCAGCAUGUGGUGUAUGGCCCUUGGAACCUGCCACAGACUGGCUUUUCCCACCUCAGCCGUCAGGGUGAGACCCUCAAUUUGCUGGAGACUGGAUAUUCCCGCUGCUGCCGCUGUCACAACCCCACAAACCGCCUGGACUGUGCAGAACUCGUGUGGGAAGACGCAGUGACCCGGUUCUGUGAGGCCGAGUUUUCGGUCAAGACCCAACCCCACGGGUGCUGCAAAAAGCAGGGGGAGGCUCGAUUAUCCUGCUUCCAGGAGGAAGCUCCCCGGCCACACUACCAGCUCCGGGCCUGCCCCAGCCACCAGCCUGGUAUUUCCUUGGGCCCCAAGCUGCCCUUUCCCCCUGGGCUACCCACAGUGGACAAUAUCAAGAACAUCUGCCACCUAAAACGCUUCCGCUCGGUGCCACGCAACCUCCCAGCCACGGACUCCAUCCAAAGGCAGCUGCAGGCCCUGACCCGGCUGGAGGCGGAGUUCCAGCGCUGCUGCCGGCCCGGGAACAACCACACCUGUGCCUGGAAGGCCUGGGAGGAUACCCUCGAUGGGUACUGUGACUGGGAGCACGCUAUAAAGACCCACCACCACUCGUGUUGCCACUACCCCCCUAGCCCCCUCCGUGACGAGUGCUUCGCCCGUCGGGCUCCCUAUCCCAACUAUGACCGGGAUAUCUUGACCCUUGACCUCAGCCGAAUCACCCCCAACCUCAUGAAUCACCUCUGUGGAAACCAAAGAGUUCUCAGCAAGCACAAGCAGAUUCCUGGGCUGAUUCAGAAAGUGACUGCCCGUUGCUGUGACCUGCCAUUCCCAGAGCAGGCCUGCUGUGCUGAGGAGGAGAAAUCAGCCUUUAUUGAUGACCUGUGUGGUUCCCGACGUAACUUCUGGCGAGACUCUGCCCUCUGCUGUAAACUGAGUCCUGGGGAUGAACAGGUCAACUGCUUCAACACGAAGUAUCUGAGGAAUGUGGCUCUAGUGACUGGGGACACUAGGGAUGCCAAGGGCCCCGGGGAGCAGGGCCCAACUCGGGGAACAAAUAGCAGCCCCACCUCUGAGCCCAAGGAAGAGUGAGUCACCCCAGAGCCUUAGAGGAUCAGAUUGGGGGAACCCCACCCCACCCCACCCUUCUGGAAUAUGCAUUACAGUAAACACCUCUUGUAUUUGGCCUCUUGUGUCUGUUGUCUCACACAAACACACCCUUGCAAGCCUGCCCAGAUUUUCCUCAGUGACUGGCCCCUGAGGCCCACUGCCCCACCCCACUAGCUCAGCAGAAAUCUUUCCACUGGUUGAGUUGGGACCACAACUAAACGGCUUAACAUCAGUA